AUGUCUUUCUCCGUCAAGGGAAGGUCCGCCAUAGUCACCGGCGCAGGUUCAGGUAUCAACCUUGCCUUUGCCAAGCUGUUGCUAGAGAACGGAUGCAACGUCCUGAUUGCCGAUCUGGCCCUUCGUCCCGAAGCAAAUGUGGUCGUGGAUAACUACUCGACCCCAUCUAAUGGCCCUCGGGCGGUCUUUCAAGAGACCGAUGUGACGCACUGGAAACAACUGGAGGAGAUGUUCAAGGUUGCUGAGAGAGAAUUCGGGGAAAUUGAUAUUGUGUGCCCAGGAGCUGGGAUCUACGAGCCAGUAUGGCAUCCCUUAUUCCCCACGUUCAUCCAUCUAACGUCUUUUCCCUACCUGUCGCAGCACUGGAGUAACUUCUGGCGCCCUCCGGGGACGCCUGACAGUCGAGAUCCGCAGCAUGGAGAUCGAUACGCACUACUGGACAUCAACCUAACUCACCCGAUUCGUACGACUCAAUUGGCCAUUUCCCAUUUCCUGAGCAAUCGAACAAACCAAAGACGCAAACACAUUGUGCAUAUUUCCAGUAUCGCCGGCCAAAACCCCGCUCUGGCAGCCCCCAUUUAUGUGGCCACCAAACACGGGAUCAAUGGCCUGGUACGGUCGUUGGCCAAGCUCGACAGGAAGUUCGGUAUCCGUGUUACGGCCGUUGGGCCAGGAGUCAUUAAAACCCCGUUGUGGACGGAUCACCCGGAGAAAUUGAAAAUGGUGGACGAAAAAUCGGACGAAUGGGUCACCCCCGAAGAAGUAGCAGAGGUGAUGCUGGCUCUCAUCCAGCAGGAUAAUGUCAGUGAAAUCAUUGGUGACAAAACGGGCCAGGGCCUCCAAUUCCCUAUUCGUGGAGGAACCGUGCUGGAAGUGUCCAAAACCGUACGCUUUGUGAGCCCAUUCAAUGAUCCUGGGCCGGGAAAUAGAGCUGGGAAUACCGUGUCUGAUAUGAAUGUGCUGGAGGAUGAAGUAUUUGGGCUGUUGUCGCAGGGGGGAUGGGGGAAAUCAAAAUUGUAA